CUAUAGUCCCUUUGGAAGAACAGCCUGGCUUGAGGUCGUCUCAGGGUCUGCUGCUGCUGGUCCAACUAUCCCAGAAACUGAAACUAAAACAAGCUCAAGUUAGAGAUGAGUCACUUCCCAAAGUGACGGCAGUCAGUCGCUGAGAAGUGACACCAGACAGACAGACAAGAACCCGGGGCACUGAAGCAGACAGGACGUUGAGGGUCGCCAAGGAGCAUGGCAGGUAGUCCAGAGGUGGUGGCCAUGGACUGCGAGAUGGUGGGUAUAGGACCUCUGAGGGCGAGCGGCCUUGCCCGCUGCAGCAUCGUGAACCUCUAUGGCACAGUCCUGUAUGACAAGUACAUCCGGCCCGAGGGAGAGAUCACGGAUUAUAGAACCCGGGUCAGCGGGAUCACACCUCAGCACAUGGUGAGGGCGACACCGUUUGGCGAAGCCAGGCUAGAGAUCCUGCAGCUCCUGAAAGGCAAGCUGGUGGUGGGCCACGACCUGAAGCAUGACUUCAACGCCUUGAAGGAGGACAUGAGCAAGUACACCAUCUAUGACACCUCCACAGACAGGCUGCUCUGGCAUGAGGCCAGGCUGGACCAUUACGAGCGCGUGUCCCUGCGGGUGCUGACGGAGCGCCUGCUACACAAGACCAUCCAGAACAACCGUCUGGGCCACAGCUCUGUGGAAGAUGCCAGGGCCACAAUGGAGCUCUACAGAAUCUCUCAGCGGCUCAGAGCCAGAGCCCAACAAGGGCUGUCCCGCUUGGGGGCGUCAUACUGAAGGUCAUCCUUGUCCAGGGACCAGAGGCUUCCACUCCUCAAGGACAGUAGUUUUCCACAGAUGUGACCCGCUUCUAACGACAGCAGCCAACAGUAACAAGAAAAGCAAAAAC